UAUUAUUUUAUGUAAACGCCACUUUUUAUAAAAAUACGCAGAAAGGCCAAGCAUGCGCGUCGUGCAACUGCGCGUGGGCCGUGCGCGCGAGCUGGCGUCGGGCAGCUGGGACUGCGACUGUUCUGUGACGCUCGUUCAAGUUGGUAGCACCAACGUGCUCGUGGACACGGGCGGCGCGUGGGCGGCUGCGGAGCUCACGCAGUCACUCGUGUCGCGCAACAUGACGCUGGACGACAUUGCACUUGUCGUCUGUUCGCACGGCCACUCGGACCAUGUCGGGUGCUUGGCCCUCUUCCCGGAGGCCACGCACAUUGUGGGCCGCGACAUCAACCGACGCCACGAGUACGCGGCCGCAAGCGUGCUGGCGCGGGACCAAACCAUUGGCCGCUGCCUCGCGACGGUCGCUGCCGACGGCAAGAUUGCCCAUCGCGAGCUGCCUACAGCGCCGCUACGCGUGGUGACGACGCCUGGUCACACGGGCGCGUGCGUCUCGGUACUUCUCGAAGCGUCGAGUGCUUUUGCAUUUGAACACGCGGAUGGCCGCAUUGAGGAGUUGCGCCGCGUUGCUAUCGUGGGCGACCUCUGGGAGUGCGACGGCGAUGAAAGCUGGUGGCGCGACCUCUCAGAAAUGCCGACGCUUCACGAGUCGAGCCGUGCGUUUGUGCUGGCGUGGCACCCCGAUGCGGUCGUGCCCGGCCACGGGCCUGCAUUCUCGCCCCACCUCGCGCCAUGCAACGAAUAAUACCAAGUCAUUCAAUUACGAUUGCUG